GGUCUCUGCCAUGUGUCGGCUGAGGUGUAUCGACUGGAAGAUGCUUGGUUGGACUUGGUGCCCGUGCAGCCCCACGUCUCCCUACAUUCACAAGAGCAGCGAGCAGUGAUGCGUGGGAGGAUGGAGGGGCCUGUGGGCAACGAUCCGGGCUGCGGCUUGAACGACCAGCUACAGAAGGAAUUGGACUUCCUCUCGGCAGAUGCCAGGAGAGCCGAGGCGUGUAUCACUCAGCUGGCCAAAGAGCGUGCCAAGCCCGGCAUGUCGCCACGCCACUUCAACGAGUCCCAGCGGAGGCAUCUCUUGGUUGACAUUCAGGAGGCGGAGGAAGACGAGGGCGAAUCUUCAGGUAUGGAGUCACCUGAGCAUUUGCUGAAGGCAUUUUUGAUGAUGCGCCAUCUGUGUGCCCGAAAUCUGCGGCGCGAACUUUUAGGCCUGCUGAAUCUCUUCCGCUUCGCUCAGCAGAAGAUCUCCCAUGGCGUGCUCCUGCUGCAAGCGUCGGCCACCAAUGGCACCAGGUCAAACAAGAAGGACAUUUUCGGCGAGAAGCCCGAGCCAGCACAGGAACAGCCCUUGCUGCCGGGCCAUUUGCCGCCCUCCUUUCCGCUCGCCUUUCCGGUCAGUUGCCGAGGUAUGAAUGGGCCGCGCCUAUACGAGGCUUUGGAAGUCCUGUCGGAGGCGGAGUACGCCCAAACAGGUGCCAAUGAUCACGAGGACGUGGUGGAUGGCAAUGGCCUGAAGAUCGUGCACAGUUCGGCCAUCUCCGAUUUGAAGGUCGUGGAGCAGGAGCUGCUGAUCAUAGCAAGUUAUGCUUUGGACAAAGUGCCAGAGGACAUGAAAUCGAUGGUUGACUGUGCUGGUCUCUUGAAGGAGGUUCUUACAUGCGAGGUGGAGCUGUGUCGUACCAAGUGGAAACUGGUGAAAUUGCAGCUCUCAGCUUUCGAACGCGCCUCAUUGACCAAGUGGGACAUCGCGCAACGGAUCAUGGAUGUCUUGGCCCGGCGGCCGUGCUUCGACGUGGCCACAGGCAGCUUCCGGCAAGGCUAUGCCGCGCUGAUUGCGGCGAUGGAGAGCAGAGCUCAACUGCAACAGACCUUGACAGAGUACCAGCUUCGAUCGGAGGAGAUGGGCUUACGGAAGUUGAGACGUCAAGCGCAAGUGGCCCUGCGCUGUGGGCGGCGCCUGGAGCUGGAUCUGGGGCAUCAGCGGGAGAGAGCCAGCCGGGAAACCGGCAAGCAACCCACGGAGCUCGCAGGCCCUGAGAUGGAGGAAGACCCACAGCUGUGCAUUGAAGACAUGUUGGCCAAUCCCAUGGAGGGCCUUCCAGUGGCGUUGACUCAUGAUGGUUUGCUGGACUUUUCCGAUUCCUUGGCCUUGGUUUGCCAGGUGGACGCCCAGGUCAGCAGCUGCGCGGAGCGUCUGGCGGAGCUGGCGCCGGAGCCCUGCUUCCGGCACCGCUGGGAAGAAGCUUGCUGCAAGCUGAUGGCCAAAGAGUGGCAGGACCACGUGGCUCAAGCAGCGGCCGCUUCUCCAGGCAUCUCCUCCAGCAUCGGCAUCCGCGGGCUCAGCGACGAGGCUCGAGGAUCCAACGUCUUUUGGGGCGACCAGGCGGAGGAUCCCAACUGGCUACUGCUGCAAGCCGAACAGGUGAUUCUCAAGUGGCAAUCGGAGGAUUCGGAAGGAGCCCCGGGGCCCUGCAGAUUGAAAGAUCCGGAGUUGGCGUGGGCGCCCUUCAACGAAGCAGUUCUGAGGCGCUCUUCGGGGGACCAGACCAUCGGGAGACACACGGUUGAGCUGUCGCCUGUUGGACCAGGAAAAAAAGCCGCCAUGGACUGGGCCAUUUCCUUGGCAUCGCCCAGUGCCCCGCCCUCCUUUGCGCCCCGGCCUUCGGCGCCGCGCCUAGCCGCGCCUGUGGCGCCCGUUUCGGCGCGACGGCGCAGCGCUUGCUGCGCGGGCGGGCUGCUGGUGGCCGCGGCAUGCCGGCGAGAACGCCGAGACCGGGUGGCGAGGAGAGCAGAUGUGAAAAUCACCGAUGCCACCGGUGAGAAGAGGGUGGAGGACUUCUGCAAGAAGGGCGCCAGAGUGGAGGUGUUGGCCCCAUCCAACCGCUGGCGCGAAGCGCAAGUGGUGCGCGUGGGUGGCGGUGUGGCACGGAUCCACUACACGGGCUACGACGCGCAGUUUGACGAGGAGGUACCCCUGGACAACCAGCGGCUGCGACCUUUUGGGCAGAUCCGUAGUGAGAAAUUGAAAGAACGGAAGGAGAAUUUCGUGUUGCAAAUGGAUGCUGGUUGUUGCCCUGGCUGUGGUGUGAAGCUACAGUGUACCGACAAGAUGGCUCUGGGCUAUGUGCCGCCCGACAAGUUCGUGAAGCAGGAGGAGGAAGACCUCUCCAUGCCGCUGAACGCGGAAGAUGAAGUGGCGCUACUGCUGAAAGAGGAUGGGGCGCAGGAACGUGAUAGCUUUUCAUUGCCCACCAGGUCGGAUCAGAAGUUCUUCAAGGUGAUCGCCAACGUCUACCUGGACAUCCGCAAGGCUCCAGACGUGAACGCUGAACGCACCGGGGAGAGCUUGGUCUUUGGCCAGCAAUUUCAAAUCGAUGAAGUCUAUCGAAGUGCAGAUUCCAGGAACUACUUUCGGCUCGCGGAUGGCCGUGGUUGGGUCUUCGAUCGUAGCGUAGUGAAGGGUGCCAUGACCCAAUUGGUAGCCCCUGUGGGUGAUGAUCUCGGGCAGUUGAAGAGGGCGGGGAAGGAAGCACGGCCGAGUGUGUGCAUGCGCUGCUGGGGCCUGUGGCACUACAACGACUGCGACGACGUCUUGCGCCCCGCCUACGGCGGCGCCGGGGCCGGGGCGUCGGCUGGCAGCUCGGCGCAGGAGCUGACGGCCGAGGCGUUCGAAACGCUGCUGAGUGACACCUUGCGACCGGCGCAGGAGGCGACCAUUUUUGCCGUGGUGGACGUCUUUGAUUUCGGGCCAUCCUUCAAACUCUUGCAAUACCUCGCGCAGGAGCUGGUGAAGAAGCCCAAGAUUCGGGUCCGCAUCAUCGCCAACAAGAUCGACUUGCUGCCGAAAGAUGCCAGCAUGCCUAGGGUGAAGGGCUGGAUUGCCAGAGAAGCACAGCUGGCAGGGUUGGACAAGAUCAAAAUCAUGGAUGUCUUUCCCAUCUCCUGUCACCAGGGCAAGGGCUUGAAACCGGUCUCUGACUUGUUGGAAACCAAAGGUAUUCCUGAGGACCACUACGUGGUUGGAGCCGCCAACGCUGGAAAGUCCUCCUUUUUGAACCGCCUGACUCUGCGAAAACGACGUGGUGUUGGGCGGGUCUUGUCCGAGGACCAAUCGGGCUUCGUGGUCUCCGUUUUGCCGGGAACCACCUUGAGACCCAUCGCCAUGAAGUUUCAGCAAACCAACAUCAAACUGAUUGAUAUGCCGGGGUUGCUGGUCCCUGGCAGCAUUGCCGAAAAACUCACCUUGGAAGACCUCAAGGAGAUCAUUCCGCAGAAGCGAGGCUCGGUUCGCCUCACCUUCCACAUGGAUGAGGGAAGAAGCCUCCUUCUGGGUGCGCUCGCGCGCUUGGACUUUGUGUCGGGCAGGCCGUACCAGUUCACCGUCUUCGUCUCCGAAAACGUGAAGCUGCACCGCACGCGCAUCGAAAAGGCUUCACGCAUCUGUCAAGAGUGGGCCGGUGACAAGCUGAAGCCGCCUGUGGACGCCCGACGCUACCAGGAGUUGCUGCCCUGGAAAUCCACUCGUUUCGAGCUGACAGGCACCGGCUGGGACGAGUCCUGCGUCGACAUCGUCUUCCCCGGGUUGGGCUGGGUGGCCAUCACUGGCUGCAGGGACUGCGUUGUCGAGGCGCACGCGCCCGAAGGAGUGGAGGUCACUCAGCGGGAGCCGCUGAUGCCGUACGAGGCGAAAUGGACUGGGGUGAAGUAUCGCGGCUUCCCCGGCUGGUGGGUCUGGCGCACUUUCCUGAUGUCCGUCACAACGCAGAGAGGACGCGCGGGGCGCCGCAGGGCAGCUGCUGCGUGGGAACCAAGGCGAUUUCAAGCCGAUUUCCCAUGUUUUUGUGGGACAACACGGCCCCGGCUCCAGCGAUUUUUUGGCCAUUGCCACCAUCGCGCCCCGGUUUUGGGAGCCGCAAUGGCUUCAGUGGACGAUGUGCCACGGGAUUUGGAGGGCUCCUUCUUGGCCAAGAAGGAGUGGCAAUAUCCAGUGGAGGAUAGGUCUGGAUGGCUGCCAGCGAAUGCACAGGAGUUGGCAGACAACCACCCCUGGACACGCCGCGCGGUUGAGAAGAACCCUCGUUUUCCAGGCUACGUGCCGCCCGAGGCGUUGUUCUGCUGGACGGAGCCAGACUUUGCGAGCUACAUCAACAGUGGUGGUUUCGUCAAGCCCAAGCUGAGAUGUCAAUACUACAUUUCCCCAGAGAAUCCACAGACCAUCGUGGACUUGUUGGAACCUGUCCUUAGCGAACUGAAUUGGACCUGCACCGUUGACUCCAAGACGGGGCGUGAGGAGUCCUUGUCCCAGGUCACAGAUUACAUGGGUAUGCCAGUGCCGACGCUGAAGAAGCAGGCCGAUGGCUCCUUAGAAGUGGUGAAGCCACGGGAAGACAUCGCACCCAUCUUCAUCUGGGAAUCCAGCAGGAACAUGAUCGAUCACGCGCCCACCUUGAAGUUUCGCGGCUUGGUGAACCGCCUGAGUGGAGUGCACCACUUUACCAAGGUGGGUAUGCUGGAGCUGGUUCGCGAAAGAUGUAUUGAGAGAGAUAUUCCGAUCAACUUUCCACCGCCCUGGUACCCUCUGACCUUCGCCCUGCCAGACGACUUGGAGCAGUGGAAAAGGCAUGCAGAAUCGAAUCCGCACAAGAAGUGGAUCUACAAGCCGAAUGCUGAAGCCAUGGGCCGUGGCAUUAUCCUUGUCUCCAAAAUUUCGGAUGUGGACUCUCGAGAGCGUCCCUUCCGCACCAGGUGUAAAAACGUGGAGGUUUUUGAUCCCAAGGAGCCUCCCUUGAAGGAGCGAGAUUUUGCGCAUUCUGGGGUCAUCCAAGAGUACAUGGUGAACCCUUUGCUCCUGGAGAACCGCAAGUUCGCCGUGCGGGUCUACAUGUUGGUGGCGCGAACCAAUCCAAUGCUGGUCUUCCACUACAACUUCGGCUACAUCAAGCGCUGUGGCCAGUACUAUGACGAAAACAAGUUCAAUCGUGAAGAUUUGUUCAGACACGUCACCGAGCAGGAGUUUCAGAAAAAGCAAGAGGAUUUCUACGAGACGGCGGCUGCCGAGCUCAUGUCUCUGGAAGAGUUGGACAGGUACCUGCAGGAGAACUAUGGUAUCCCAGCGUUCCGCUUGAACUUCUGGCAGCAGGUGAAGUCCAUCUGUAUGGAGAUCACCUUAGGCAUCAAGGAGGGCAUUGCGGAGAAAGGAAAGCUGGGGCAGUUCGAGGUCUUUGGACUGGACGUCAUCGUGGAUGCGGAUCAGCGCGUGUACCUCCUGGAAGCCAACCGAGAUCCCAGUUGGGUGGUGGACACAGAGGUGAAAAAGGCCAUCUUGCCCGAGAUGGUCCGGGAGAUGAUGGAGAUUGUGCUUUGGGCCCACAGUGAUGAGGGGAAAAACAAGGAAGCAAUGCUUCAUUCUCCAAUGCGAGGAUUUGAGGUUCUAGUGGAUGAUGGAUCUUUCUUCGAAAAGUGGGACUUUAUCACCUCAGAUGAUCCGACCCAUGGCUUCGUCGACUAUGUCUCCCAAGCCGUGGCUGAUGCGGAUGGGCUGAUCUGGGAGGAUGCUGCUGAAGUCUUCAUAGGGGUGGACAAUAGCACUGUGGUACCCUUGGACGCGCGCGGCCGCAAGUCCAUUCGGCUCGAGUCGAAGCAGCGCUACAACGAGGGCCUCUUCGUGCUGUCUUUGGCGCAUGCGCCGGUGAGUUGUGGUGCCUGGCCAGCCUUCUGGAUGUUUGGAGAGGACGAGGCACAUCCAUGGCCCGAGUGGGGUGAGUUUGACAUCAUUGAAUGGGUCCAUGAGGAGGACGAGGUCUCAGCGGCUUUGCAUUCCAAGGAGGGCUGUUCUCAGGAGCACCUGAGCGACUCGAUGAGCGCCAGCUGGAGCGAAGGGAAGCUGCCAGAGAGCGAGGCCAAAAACUGCUACGUGCUGGCCAAGGAGCAGUGGAUGAAUCAAGGUUGUUCCCAGCGCGCAGCUGCGGGGUCCAUUGGCGCCACCUUCAAUGGCCAGGGCGGUGGGAGCUAUGCGGCCGAAUGGGACCCGAUGGAGGGGCACAUGCGCAUCUGGAGCUGGGCGGCUGGAACUGAGCCCAAGGAUCUGGUGGAGAAGCAGCCCCGGCCCGAGCAGUGGGGAAGGCCACAGUUCUUCUUCAGCCUGAAAGAGAACUGCCAUCCGGGGCACUUCAAGAACAUGAAAUUGGUCUUUGACAUCACCUUUUGUGGAGACCGUGCUGGUGGAGAGAACUUUGAUGCGCACUGCGGCCACUUGCUGAAUGAAAACGAGACCUGCAGCGGCUUCGUGAGGAACAACUUCUCGGCCUUCGAUGAGGCUUAUUGGUCGAUACAGGCCUUGGACGUGUACCACCGCAGGGACGCAGCGCGGUUCGAUCUCAGCAGCGGCGAUCGAUGGCACGUCACCGCCCUGCUGAUGGUGCUGGUGCUGGACAGUGACAAGUUCGCAACCCCAAAGAUGCCUGAGUUGAUGAACUGCCUCUGUGUGGAGCCUCCAGCCCUGGAGGUUGUGCCAUGGCGGGGCACCCCAGUGACAUGGAAAUGGGAAAUCACAAGUUGGAAUGUCGGAGAUGAAAUGGUCCCUGUGGCCUUUCCAGAGGAGUCCCGAGUCCCAGACGGUCGAGAAGUGACGCGGCUGAGCAGGAAUUGCAAGUUCGAUGCGUUGGGAGUUAGUUUUUUCUUUGUGCGGAUGCGGCGCCAGCUGCUGGACACCUUGUGCGAAGUGAGGGCGCUGGAGGCGGGUUUGGGGAGGCAGGCGCAGCUAGUGGGCACCAUCGCGAAGCUACGGAUCUCAGAGACGCUCCCUGACCUCAGUACUGACUUUGGUGAGCCGCCAACGGCAUCAGCCAAGAACCCCGCUCCGCUGUUGGCGGCGGAGGCUUUGCUUUGCUUUGGGGACUUGGACCUCUCCACCAGCGCGGGUGUGCGCAACCUCCUUCAGGUAGACCAGAUGUCGGAGCUACACCAUGUGGUGCAGCACCAAAUCUCAGGGAAGUGGCUCUUGGUAGGCUGUUUGCUUUACAACGCCUUGCUUGGCGACAGUCUCUUGCGUCGAAGCGUGGACAUGUCUAAAGGUGCUCCCAAAUGGUCAGGGGGCAGGCCCUGGCCCCCGCCAGAAGAGUUUGAGGAGUCGCCACCCAAGAUGUCCGCCAAGUCGAUGCAGUGGCCUGGAACCGUGCGAACAGUGGUCUAUACACAGGUGGGUGCCUCCAUCAAAGAGACCGUGCGCGGUCUCUCGCGGCAGAUCGAAGUUUUGGGCACCGUGCCGCGGGCGCGAAACGUGAUCUAUCGCUGCCGAUCCUUGGGUUAUAGCAGCCUCUUCAUGCUGGAACGAGCCUGUGACCUUUUGCUGCGGGUGCAGGCUGCGCAGAGCUGUGCAGGGCUCCGAUGUUUUGCAACGAUGCUACCGUCGCAGCUGUCGCCUCUGAAGUUGUCGCUGGAAGGACGACGGAGGAUGCUGCUGGAGAGUGACGGCACGCUGCAGAGCAUUUUACACAUCCCGCAGGUGGAGGAGGUGUUAUACCUCCGUGGCACGGAAUGCCCCAGCAUUGGACGCCACGUGCGGGAUUGCGAGGUCUCCAUGCCCGAACCUUUCGCGCAGAUCAUGCAGGUGGAAGAAGCGGCACGGAAUGUCAUCCCCCAUGAUCAUCCAGUCUUGCCGCCACAGAUAGUCGUGGGGAGUUCGACCUCUGCCUGGGCACAUCCAACCGUGGAGAUCGCCUUCACAGGCACCGCCGUAUCCACCAUGCUCCUUUUGCGUGAGAUUUGUGCCAUCACAGCUCUGGCGAUGUUCUCUGCCAGUAUGUCAGGAGACGAAAUCCUGUUGCUUCAAGCAUUGCACGCUGUGGAGGCCGCCUGGGGCAACAAAGCUCAACGUGCAGCUGCAGAGCAUGUGCUCUCGCAGUCGAUGCUGGACACGGCGCAGAUCGAUAGCUGCGAGCGGCAUCCGAAGACGCGGGGCCUGGAGCAACGGACCUGGGACGCGUUGGAACACGUUCGUGCUGACUUUCUACACCUCGAAGCGCAGGUCAAAGGGCUGAAGGAAGAGCGCUUCCAGGUGAAGCCGGUGUUGCAGCUCCUUCGCCAGCAGCAUCGCUUCCUGAAGCUGGGAGCGCUGGUCCCGCGGCGUCAUCGACAAAUGGUACUAUGUCGAGAAGCCUGGCAUGCGGCGGUGCAAAAGAAUUGGCUCCCAGAGGCCGCUGAACUUCAGAGAUGGGCAUUGCAUUUGGAGGGUUUUCCAUUGGAGGGAGGCAGUCGGUUGGCCUUGGCCGCCAGUGCGAUGCCAGAGAUGAUUGGGAUGCCACAAAAAGAGUUUCCCUCGUUGACGGAGGUGAUGGCAGGUCAGGAGGAGUCCGAUCCAGCGCCCAUCACGGACUUUGAAGGUCUGGCGGAUGAGGCCCUGGAGCGUUUGUGGAUGUCCUCGCCCACGGGUCGCGCACCCUUUCCGGCAGAUUUGGGGCUGGAGGAUGAGAUCAAACAAGCCGAGGCCUGUUUGCUCCCAGCCUUCAAGCCAGAAGACUGCCCUCAUUUACAUCCACUCUUCCAUGCCUUGUGCUUGCAUUUUGCCGCGCCCUAUGAUGAAACACCCUUUUCGAACUCAGGCGACGUGCCAGCCUUUCUUCCGCUGAACCUGGGCCGCAGCUCCGAGCUGCCACGCGUGCCACGCGCCAUGUGUCGCGCCCUGCUGAUGCUGCCGGGCAAGAUGCGACGACAAGUGGCCGAUAUCCACCUCCGGAUGGAGAUGGAAUGUGACCUCUUGGGCAAGGGUGGCACGGACCCCGAGCUGCUCGAGGAGACCGAGACCUUGGUCCAGACGCGCUACGCCGUGCAGCGACUCCGGGAGAUGGCCACCACGUUCUUACUGCUGGUGCCUCCAACCCCAACGCCAAAGGGCUUCCGGCAAGCCGAGGAGCUGCUGGCUCGGGAGCUGCGAUGUCGCGAGGAGGAACAGCGGAGGAAGGAGCAACGCGACACGUCUGGGAGCCCGACGGAGCCGGUUGAGGGUUCGCAAAGUGUGGAGCAGCUGAAGGCCAAACAGGUGCUUAUUGCCCUGGAAAUGGCCAUCAAGGUUGCUGGAGACGCGGCGGCUGCAGCUGAGCGCGCGGCGGAAUUUGAAGGUGAUUGGCUGAUCAUGGCGAAGGGGGGCCCUGGGGCGCAGAAUGAGCAGGAAGCAGGUCGCCUGGCAGUGAAGAACUCCUUGAUCGAGUGCCAUGAUGCCAUAGGCCAUCCCACUUUUAAAGCCUUGGUUCACUUGGCUAUGCCGUGGAUGGCAGCUGCUGAUGUGAAGUUGAGCAACGGACGAGGGCUGCCGUUGCUGGGGCUUGGGUGUGCCAGUGGCGUGAGGCGCAGCCACGUGGAGUCAGCGCUUCAACUGGGCUACCGACUGCUGGAUACAGCGCAGGCUGAUCAGUGGGGCUACCACGAAGAUGAGGUGGGUGAAGCUAUUCAAGGUCUACCACGUGAAGAGAUCUUCUUGCAGAGCAAGAUCCAUCCACAGGAUCUGGGCUAUGCCUCAACGAAGAGGGCCUUCCAGGUGUCUUUGGAUCGCUUGAAGACCAGCUAUCUGGAUGCCAUGCUGUUGCACAAACCAUGGUGCUGGCCGGGCGCUUGUUCGCGAGAACCUGAAGGAACAUGGCAAGAUAGCUGGCGUGCUUUGGAGGAGCUGCACAGCGCCAACGUUGCGCUGGCCAUCGGCAUCUGCGACGUGGACGUCGCGCUUCUGUCGGAGCUGCUGCGGCAGAGGCAGAAGCCUCACAUUGUGCAGAACUGGAUGGAUCCCUUUCAUCAAGACAAAGAGCUUCGCAGAAGGUGCAAAGAGGAGGGGAUCCAGUACCAGGCCUAUAGCACACUGGGCACGCAGUGGGUCCAUUUCCGAGGUUACCGUGGGCAGAACCCUGUCUUGACUCAUCCGGUUCUGCGGAAGAUCGCGCAGUUCCACGACCGCAGCGUGGCGCAGGUGGUCCUCAACUGGGCGCAGCAGCAGGACGUCUCUGUGAUCCCAGCCUCGACAGAUCCACAGCGACAGAGGUCGAAUUUGGAGAGCUUGAAUUUCACCUUGAGACCAGAGGAUCUCAGGGCCAUUGAUGCUUUGGAUGGCACUUUAGACCAUGUGGACCCAAAGGAGGCCAUGAUGAAAAUGUCAGGCGCGGCUCUGCGGGGAUCGCCGGAUGCGGAGGCUGCGCUGGCCUUUGCCCAGCACCUCCUCUCGCGGGCCAACUUUGUGCAGACCUUCUGCAAGGAUGGACAAAAUGCCUGGAUCAUCAAGCACAGUGAUCUGCAAGAGAGCUUGCAGGAGAUUGGACGGCGCAUGCUCCAAUGGGCCAUUGUCAGCACGGCAGAUCAGGUGGCCAGCGGCCGCGAGCGCAUCGCACAGAAGGCUCAAGGGGCACAACAAGCUGAAGAGAAGUUGUUGCAGGUGCGUUUGGCACUGUGGCACCAGCGCCGCGAUGUAAGGUCCAUGCUCAAUGCGAUGGUUUCUGACCGAGUUCCGCGUGAGAUAUUUGAACUGGACCGCCUGCAUCGCUCGCACCGCGCCGUUUGCUCAGCGGCGUUGGAGGCUGAACACCGCUGCUGCGUGAGCCUACAUGAGCAGAUUGUAGAGAAAUUGGGCUCGCUGGAUGAUGCCUUGAGCUACUCGCAGAACUGCUUCAGAGACUACCGGAAGGAGAUGAACCAGGGUGUGCAACUUGAGAUGCGGAAUCUGAAGCAACUUCUGAGCAACCAACUCCUCAAGAUGCAGCCACAGACUCUGACGGUGCAAAAUGCACUGAAACGCAUCGAGAAAGACGACAGAGAUGAUCCCCAGGUGGGCUCAGCUUUGAAGCGACCAGAGCCAGUCCAACCGCAGUCAUCGGCUUCGACACACUUUGGCACGGCGGCUUCGGAGUCCUACGUGGAAGCGGCGAUCAUAGGCCCCCAGCGUCCAGCCCUACAGCCCGGUGCGCAGCUGCAGCGCAAGGCAGCUCUGGAGGAGAUGCACCAAGAGAUUGCGCAGAUGUUGGCCGCCGGCACUAGGAUUCACACCUUCUAUGACUUGAAGUGUCAACAGCUGAAACAGUACUAUGAUGAGGAGUUGCACCGCCUUUGUGGCACAUUGUCCUCGAACCGCGAAGUCUGGGAAAACGUCUCGGAGGGCCGCGAGCGGCAGCGCCUCCUGGCCGAGGAGAUCGCCCGCUCGCAGCGGCGCUGUGAGGACGCCAAUGGCGAGGCCAAGGUCAUGCGCAAGGCCAUCGACGAACACGAAGAGUACACCAAGAAGAUGUUUCACUGGAACAGGAAGAUGAUGAAGGCCCAAGGGGAUUUGCAACAUGAGAUGCGCAAGUAUGAACGAGAUGGCUUGGUGGAUGUCAGCAAAAUGGAAAGCGAGCUGGGCAAACUCGAUGCACAACUCCAACAGCUGUCCACCAGCGUCCCGGCCGAGCAGAUCAUUGAUUUGAUCCAGCGCCGGGGCCGCACGGAACGGAUGGAUAUGAAGCGCACCAUGAAACACGAGGGCUACCUGCUGCACAAGGCGCGAUAG